UGUGGCGAUGAUUUGGGUUUGGCUAUUAGAAGUUUGAAUGAGCUUCGACUAGGAUCUUCUGACCAAUAUUCAGCUUCAGCUGCUGCAGGCGUAUCGGAUGUAGCAGGGGAAGGAAGUGUUCAACUCCAAUCACAAGUGACAACUAAUGGGGAGGUUCCAUUUGGUGAGGAAAAUCUUUCGAAGGAUGGUGCGGAUUGGGUGGAGCUAUUUGUUAGAGAGAUGAUGAGUGCCUCUGACAUGGAUGAUGCCAAAGCUCGUGCUUCUAGAGUGCUUGAGGUUUUGGAGAAGUCCAUCCAUGCACGUGCAAGUGCAGAGGCAGCGCAAACCAUCCACCAGGAAAAUAUAAUGCUCAAGGAGCAAGUGGAAGCACUUAUUCAGGAAAAUACAAUUCUGAAGCGAGCAGUGUCCAUUCAGCACGAACGUCAGAAAGAAUAUGAAGAUAGGGACCAGGAGCUGCAGCAAUUGAAGCAGCUGGUGUCUCAGUACCAGGACCAGUUGCGGACAUUGGAGGUUAACAACUAUGCCCUUACACUGCACCUGAAGCAGGCUCAGCAAAGCAGCUCGAUUCCAGGGAGGUUUCACCCUGAUGUGUUCUAAUGUUAUUUGAAAUAUGAUUCUUUGGAUAAAUAGUAUAAUAUAUGCUUUUAAGUAUUACAAGCUAGUGUGUAACGAUACGAAGGCGCCUCAGUCUGUAACUCGUCUGUUGUUUGGGCUGCAUAUAGUCGUCCGAAGGUUGCUCUUUUGUGUGCAAAAUAUAAGCAAGGAACAAAGACAAUUUCAGCUGCAUUUAAACACGGUGGCGAGGAUUAGUUCAUUUAGCUAUUUAUUCAUCUCCACUUGAUCUCGACCGAAUUUAAUUCUAACAGUCCAUCGAUUGUAACAGAUGCUGAAAGAUUUAAUUGGAUUUGGGUACUCAAUAAGCUCUUCAAGUC